CCGAUCUUAAGAUCCAAUCUAUAGUUCGCGAAAGCCACGGAAUCGCCCUUUCGUUUGUGUCUCUCCCCGUUUCCUCCUCGAAAACCCUAACCCUAACCCUAACCCUAGAUCUCGAGGUCGGCCAUGGCGGGCAGGGGGAAGGCGAUUGGCGCGGCGUCGUCGAAGAAGGCGAUGUCGAGGAGCAGCAAGGCGGGGCUGCAGUUCCCCGUGGGGAGGAUCGCGCGAUUCCUCAAGGCCGGUAAAUACGCGGAGCGCGUCGGCGCCGGAGCUCCGGUGUAUCUCGCCGCCGUUCUCGAGUACCUCGCUGCUGAGGUGCUGGAGCUUGCGGGGAACGCGGCGAGGGACAACAAGAAGACUCGGAUAGUGCCACGGCACAUUCAGCUUGCGGUGCGGAACGACGAGGAGCUGUCGCGGCUCCUUGGGCAGGCCACGAUCGCCAGCGGCGGCGUCAUGCCCAACAUCCACAACCUCCUCCUCCCCAAGAAGGCCGGCGGCUCCUCCAAAUCUGCCGCCGCAGAUGACGACAGCUAGAUUUCACCUCCCCCCUCCCCCUCUUCCUCGUCUUCUUCAUCUUCUUCUUUCCUCUGUUUUUGUUUUUGUUUCAUUAGGGAAGUGCUUUGUGGGGAGCCUUUAGAGGGUCUUUUGAUGAUGAAAAAUGCUGAAUCUCCAUCCGUUCUGUAAUUGUAGAGACUACUUGGUGUUAGAUUUGUUAUUACGGUGUAUAAGCUUGGAAUGGAAAUUAACUUGGUUUCUUUGCACGCUCUUUGGUUUGUGUUUUGAUGAGAAAGUGAGGGGGAAAAAUCAUGGUUUUGGUGGCCUUUAUUGUUGUACUCGCUAAUGAAUUUAUUUGGCCUCUCUUAAAUCCAUCUUGUUUGGAGCAGCAUUGAAGAGUGGAGCUUUAAUAUAAAGAGGGAUUAUUA